UUCAGCAUCAAGGCCAACUUUGCCGGCCACGUUAAACAAAAAUAAAAAUAAAGUUAGUCCCGAGCGACGCCUCUGUGGAGCCAGACGAGCGAGUUUCGGCGAUCAAAUCCUACACAGAAACAACGGCAAAACUGCCGUUCAGCGGGAUGAAAGCCAGCAUUUUGACCCUUGUGCUCGUCCUUGGGCUGGCUUUGGCCAAGGAUCUCUGCAAAGAAGAAUUAAGGACGAAGGUGCAGGGCAAAGUCCUUCUAGAGAGUGGAAUUCUUGUGACCGAGAGUGACUCGUAUCCUGCCGGCACGUUUUGGAAAGCCGAGGAGGAAGAAGGGCACUGGUGGGUCUGUCCCUGCCUCUUGGGAAACUGCAUCAGAAUUUGCGACAAAGAAUUCGUGGAAGAAAUAACUGAAGCGCUUAGUGAAUAUGGGCCUGUCCCUCACUAUUCGUGGGAUGAAAUUGUUGAGAAAGACACGCCACCGAUAGAGAGCUUCAAACAAAUACACGACGCAAAAUGUGACGGUAUUUCGGACGUGUAUAAAGAAGACGUCAGGAUUUUGGCGAACGGCAAGAUGAGAUUGGAAAACGAGAGCAGGAUUUAUGAUGCCGAGGAUUACUGCAUUGACCAAAUGGAAGGAGAAAACAGCAUACAUCUAGUGCACUGCCUAGAAGUGGAGUCUGAGAAAGGAAUGUCUCCAGCGCAGUACGACAUUUACACGUUUAUUUUGCUGCUGAGCUCAAUUUUCCUGAUCUUGACCGUUGUGGCGUACAUAUUCAGCCCGCAAAUCGAAUCGUUCCACAGGAAAAGCGUGAUUUUCUACGCAGCAUAUCACGCAGCGGCUAUCUUCACCUUGGCUGUCAGUAGCUAUUUUUCCGAGAAAAUUCUGGAAACAUACCUCUGCUUUUUAAUUGGAUUCAUCGGCUUGUACUUGGAUUUCGCCGCCAUGUUUUGGCUCAACUCUAUGUGCAUCUACAUUUUCUUUGCUUAUAAAGGGAUUCUUCGCGCGGGAAGUAACUACUUUGCAAAGUUUGCUGCUUAUUCGACUGGCUUGCCAAUCCUAAUCGUGGCCGUGGCUCUAAUUUUCAACCUGAUCGACGACGAGGACUCCAUUUUCAACCCCAAUAUGGAGAAGACAUGCUGGGUUACAGGCAAAGCGCCCGCGUGGAUUUACGGAUUUGGACCAAGCUUGAUUGUGCUUUUGGCCAACGUCGGCUUGUUGGCUGCAACCUGGGCAAGUGGCGAACCGGUCCGCACCACGGAGGAAACCGACCAGACGGUGCCGCAGGAAAAGGAACGGCGCAGAACGUAUUUAAUACUCACCCUCUUGGAGGGUUGCACGUUCAUCGAUGAAGCCCUCCCGUACAUUUAUGACGGUGCACACAUUACCUUCAUCACGAGUGUCUUCGUUGCUUUGCAGGGAGUUUUCAUCUUUUUGCUCCUUGUGUGCGCCGACAGGUAUGUGAGGAAGAGCCUGAGCAGCCGAUUUUGUAAAAGCCAACGUGGUUAUAUAAUCUAAUAAAAUUCAUGACAAUUUUGAGAAAGCUUUCCCCUGUUUUUGACAGUUGGAUUUUCAAUAAAUUUAUACUUUUGAA